GGGAGGAAAACUUUUCUUUCUUUUUUUUUUCUCUCGACAGGAGGAGGGGUGUUGUGGGGAAAUGCUCGGCGGACCGUGAAGCGUAACAGCGAGAAAAGAGGGACAAAGACGCACAUAGCGGGACAAAAACGCGACAGAAAAAAAAAAACAAAACUUCUUCCAGCUCAGGAAAACUACAGCAGAGUGCGCGGAGGGAUGUUUAAAAAAGUACUCGUGGAGAGAGAGAGAGAAGUAACUAACAGAGGGCAAGAAAGAUGAGUUGAAGUGUGGAAAGUGAGUGAACUGACGGUAACUGUGGUCGGAGAGCGCGUUAAAGUUUUUUAUUUUUUGGAUAAACUUCCCGCGGCGCGUUUCAGAGAUCUGCGCCGGUGGCAUGGAGCAGGACGCAGGCUGCACUUCGGACCGAGGUUUCCUACUUUUUGGACGGACAUGCUUCUCGGAGUGACCGUCCCUGCGCUGGUUCUCUCUUUUGCAGCCACGCGUGGUGAUUUCCCUGAGUCAGAUCCUGUGUGUGCAGAGGUCUCCAGGAGGAGGCAAACCGAACUUACGUGCAACUCUUAAAAAAAAGGGGGGGGACUGCUGUGUUGUUUUGUUUUGUUUUGUUUUGUUUUUUUCUUCGACUGGAUUACUUGUGAACUGUGAGAUUCAAUGCGUAAAUCGUCCGGAUCCUAAUGUGCUGGUGGAGAAAAAGUGCACGUCACCGAGCUAGAACUCCAUCCAAGCAUGAAAUGUUGGUGCAGCGCCCUGGCACUUCUCCCAUGGGUGCUGGUGGCCUUAGAUGCCCAGCUAAUCUGCUGGCAGGCGCUCCUCCGGUGCCACGACGAGCCCGAGUGCGACCUCGCCUACGGCCAGUACCUGGCUGCGUGUGAGGGGAACAUCAGGGGCACCAGGAGGCAGUGCCCGAGCCACUGCAUCAACGCGCUCAUCCGGCUCAAUCACACCCGCAGCGGGCCAGACCUGGAGACCUGCGACUGCGCCCAGGACGAGGAGUGCCUGAGCGCCAAGCGAUCCAUAGAGCCGUGCCUCCCCCGCAGACACCCGAGCGACGCCGGGGGGAUCGGCUGCAUGGAGGCCCGGCAGCGCUGCGAGGAGGACAGCAACUGCCACACCUCCCUCACGGCCUACUUGUCAUACUGCGGGCAGCUGUUCAACGGCAGGAAGUGCUCCUCCAAGUGUAAAGCCACCAUUGAGCAGAUGCUCUUCAUCCCAAACGGCAUGCUGCUCAACCGCUGUGUUUGCGAUGGGGUGGAGAGGCCUUUCUGUGAAGUGGUCAAGGAGAACAUGAGCAAACUCUGCGCCAUAGGAGACCACAGUGUUAUUUCAGACCAGCCUGACGUGGACAUGUAUGGGGAUGAGGAUUAUGACCCUAAAACUGACAGAGAAGAGGUGGACCCCGAUCCCUCCUCCGCUGCCCGGAGGUUACCCAGCUGCAUGGCGCUCCUGCUCGCCGCCCUGGCACCGGUGCUGUACUGAGACCACUUGACAUGUCUGCGAGAUGCUCAAAGACACUUCAGCACAGGGUUCAAACCCAGGUCUGCUGGAGAAGGGAAGCCACUUUCUCACCCCCUCCGGGCUUCUCUGCCAGACAGCUUUAGUUGCAGGGUGACGGUGAGCACAGUAGUGAUUUGUGUAGGCGACCCACAAGCGUACAAUUUGCAUAGUAAUCCUCCUCGGUGCACAUCUCACUCAGGAAAAACUACACCCCCCCCCUUUUCCGGAUUUGUGAUUCAGAUCUUCACAUGUAUGGCCUUGCAGCACUCUGAGGUGAAGGAAGCCGGCUGCAACAAAUGGCAAACAAAAAAAAAUAAAACACUUCCAGGUGACGAUGAGGAGGAUGAGGAGGAAGUGAUCCACGCCAGACUCUGUUGCCAUUUCUGUGCGUGCCUUUAACCGGCUCCUGUUUGUUUGGUUUUGCCUUCAAUGGUACUUGGAGUGUGGCUUUAUUAAGACUUUGGACAAACAUUGGAGCCAUCCAGCCUCUGUUUGCUCUGCUCUCCAUUUCAGGGGCCUCUGUAUUGUUGCAGCAACCACACUUCAAAUAUUUGUGGGGAACAGUCAAAAGGACGGGCGAGGGUGUGGGAUCAAGUACGAAAAUGAACUGAAGCGCCUCUCCAGCACUCUGUCUGGGCCCCCUCCCCCCAUCCGAGAUUGUUUUAUUGAACUUUUCCUGAGACGCCAACCCAGAACCUCCCCCCCUUCCUCCCCACCCCUUCUUCUUCUUCCUCCCCUCUGCAGCCUGACCCCCUUUCACGCCUUUUAAAAGACCCCCUGUCUUUAUUACUGCUUUCACACUGAGGCAACAAGGCAGGAAAAGCUGCGUGUUGCUGGUGAAAAUGGGUCAAACCUGGAGUUUGUCCACGACAGAUGAGAUGUUCACCUGCUUGCCUUUGUUACGUACGGAUGAUUUAAGAUAACACACAAACUGUGUGAACUGUCUGGAAGUUGUUGCAAUAAGUUCUCAUGAGUUCAUCCAGGAAAAAAAACAAAACAAACCGUGUAAUAUUACAGAUAUUAAAGGUGCAAUAUGUAAGAACACAUUAGCUAUUUAGCUCACCUAGCUUAGCAGCUAGCGCUCCUUUAAGCUCAUUUACAGGGAGCUCAAAACAACAGAGGAGUGUUGGUAUUGUUAGCUCAGUUAGCAUUGCAGGUAGCGGUUCAGGCUAGUAGCUCAGUGACCAGGUGAGUGUUAGCACUUACAUCACUAGCACAAAUCUGCCCUUUAUUUACAGUCUGUUCAUCAUUUUAAGUUUGGUUUUUCUUACAUAAUGCCCCUUUAAAGAUCGCAGCAACAAACACCAGGUCGUGAUCUAAUCAGUGAAAACAACAGAGUCACAACAACUCGUGAACAGGAAACAGUUUAACUGCACAGUCGUCCAGGUGUAAAUGGUUAAACGUGGGUGAAUGUGUGUUGAUGGUUUGGUGUCACAGUGUUGAGACUGUAGGUGUGUCGAACGCUUCGAACACACAAGAUCAUCAUGAAGAGGAACUCAAACUAAGUCAGACAAGAGAUGAAGUUAAAUGUUCUUUCUGUUAAAGAAAAUGUACUCAAAAAGCUUUUUAAUGGUAUUUUUUGAGAGUAUUUCAGCAGAAUGCAUCACUGUAGCCACUGACAGGAUACAUGUCACCUGUUAAAGCUCCACACCUGUCAUACUUCUUCCUCCACUGCUCCACAUUAAGCUGUUUAUCACAAAGGGAAAAGCAAAAAAAAACAAACAAACAGUGUUUCUGUUCGUAUUCGUGUCCUGUAAUGAAUCUGCCAUUUUGUGUCUUCGCCACUUGAAAUUGUGUCAAAACUAAUCUCUUUUUUUUGUGUUCUGAAGUCUUGAAGAAAAUGUCGAUGAAUGUUAAAUUAUGAAGCUAGAAAUAUGAAGAAUGUGUAUAUAUUUUACAUUUAUAUGCAGUAAGAUAAGCCAGCGUCUGCCCACCGUCACGUGCAUUUAAUGCAACAUAUGAACACGCGAACGUAGCUCAGAUUUCUGCCCACAAAAAGCCUGACGUGAUUUUUUAG